AAUUACUGGGACAAGAUGCAGUUGCAUAAUUGGGUACAUAGCUAGAUAUUAGAUAGAAUUCUCUUCUGAACAUAUGAGAUCUCUUCAUUUAAUCGGGAAUUAUCGAUAAACCUUGGCGACAUGAUUGUUGCUGUGCCUCGUAAGGCGAUGCUGUGCCGCAUUCUAGCUAAUAUGGACCUACCGAUAUUUCGUUUUAUCCAGUACCUGUCAGCGCGAUCAUGAGUUAUUCCGUUAGAACGGGUCUUCACUUUCAUUCGCACCAUGAUCAUUCAAUUCCUGUUGGGUUCCGCGGUAGCAUACCUCGUGUGGAGCGUCGUAUGCUUGGAACUUAAUGUGCGCAAGGUGCGUGCUAUGAACGUGCCCAUCGUGCGGCUGCCGAUCGACUCAAAUAAUGUCCUCUGGGUUAUUCUCCAUUCGCACGUUUGGAGUAUCGUCGACCGUCUUCCGUUUGACUGGUCGUCAUACCCAGACUCUAUUCGCUUUUCACGUCGAGGGUGGCAUUUUGCAGAUAAAUCGGAAUCCCAUCUACGCCACGGGUCCGUCUGGGCUCUUGUGAGUCCUGCGUCUAUUACCCUGCAUUUCGCGGAUCCGGAUGCUGUUCUGGAUAUCUUCUCUAGGCGCGUCGAAUUCGUUCGUCCCGUUAAAGAAUAUGAACUGUUAGCGGUUUAUGGCCCAUGUAUCUCUACUGCUGGUUCGCAUGAUUGGGCGCGCCAUCGCAAGGUUCUUGCGGCGCCUUUUAAUGAGGGUGUUAUGAAUUUCGUCUGGGAGGAAACUCUGCGUCAAGCCACGAGUAUGUUACGCUCGUGGGCCGGCGCCGCUGAAGAUGGGAUCCCGAGUAUGCACAAAGAUACACGGACGCUAUCGCUUAAUGUGCUCGCAUCUACGGGGUUCCGGAAGUCAUACACCUUCAAGGGCUCGGCAGAUUUGGAUUCCGCAGUAUGUGAAGCUGAGGAUUAUCGCGAUGCACUCCAGACGGUCCUCGAUAAUGUGAUUAUCAUGAUGUUGAUCCCGUAUCGAUAUCUAACAGGAUCUAUGAUGCCAGAGAAGUGGGUUAAAAUCGGGAAUGCGGCGAAGACGUUUAAGAAGUAUAUGAUGAAGAUGCUUGAUGAAGAAACAACAGCGCUCAGCCAAGGGAAGGCUGGCUCCGGAGGUAUAAUGACGUCGUUCGUUCGCGCGGGCGAUUUACACGCUCGUGAGGCGGCUGCAUCCAGUAAUGCGAAAGCUGACAAUCAGAGAAAGGGUCUUUCCGUUGACGAAAUAUUCGGAAAUUUAUUCAUUAUCAAUUUCGCGGGCCACGAUACAACGGCUGGGACCUUGGCUUUUAGUAUGAUGCUCUUAGCCGCACACCCGGAAGUGCAGGAUUGGCUUGCCGAAGAGAUUAUCGCUGUGACAGGGGAUAUGCCUGCUGAAGAAUGGGAUUAUAAGACACUCUUCCCGCAACUGAAACGCUGCCGUGCCGUCUUACUGGAAACAUUGCGCAUGUACUCGCCGAUUAUGUCGCUCCCUAAGCGGACUUCCCGACAAGUGCAGAUUAAGGUGGGGGAACAGACUCUUGUGAUCCCGCCUGGUGUUGGUACUACUCUCUACGUCCGUGCUCUGCAGAUGCAUCCGAAGUACUGGAGUAAUUCGUAUACCUGGAUGCCCAAGCGCUGGAUUGUGCGUCCACCGCAAACUUCUUCUUCGGCAGAGGACAUUCUAAAUGAGGAGCUCUACAUGCCCCGAAAGGGUAUUUACUUCCCGUGGUCAGAUGGUCCGCAGAAUUGUCCAGGCAGGAAGUUUUCCGAAGUCGAAGCUGUUGCGGUACUAGCCUGCUUAUUUAGGGAGCAUAGACUCAAAGUGCAGAAAAAGGCCGGUGAGAGCGAAACGGAUGCACGGAAGAGAGCUGUGGAUUGUACGAAUAACUGUAAUAUGGAUAUGCUGGUAAAAAUGGAGGAUCCGGAUUCUAUCAGGCUUGUCUUUCAGAAGGUUGCUAAGUAG